CAACCUUUCCGGAAGGGUCAAGAUGCUCGCAAGAAUUAGCGAGCGAUUCAUACCGGAGUAAAUGCAGACGGGAUGGUGUCUCGCAUUGAAACAAGACAUUACUUCCGCCACCCUAAACAAGAAUGGGACAGCAAACAAACAGGGCACUUCCGACCGGAAGGAGGCCACGGAAGGCACUUCCGCCAUCUCUUAAGAUGGCGCCGGCGGAAGGGGCGGAGUACCACUGGGUGAUGAUGGCAGCGUCGAGGCUGGAGCUGAACCUGGUGCGGCUGCUGUGCCGCUGCGAGACGAUGGCAGCGGAGAAACGGGACCCGGACGAGUGGCGUCUAGAAAAGUAUGUGGGAGCUCUCGAGGACAUGCUGCAGGCCCUGAAAGCACAGGCGAGCAAACCGGCUUCCGAGGUGCUCAAUGAAUAUUCUCGGAAGGUAGAUUUUCUGAAAGGGAUGCUGCAGGCAGAGAAACUGACCUCCUCCUCAGAGAAGGCACUAGCCAACCAGUUCCUGGCCCCUGGCCGAGUACCAACUACAGCCAGGGAACGGGUACCUGCUACAAAGACAGUGCACCUACAGUCACGGGCUCGGUACACCAGUGAGAUGCGGAGUGAGCUGCUAGGCAUGGACUCUAGUGAAGAGCCCGAACUGGAUGUGAGGAAGAGAACUGGGGUAUCAGGGCCCACACCAAGGGAUGAGAAGCAGUCAGCAGCUGAGCUAGACCUCGUCCUGCAGCGACACCAGAACCUCCAGGAGAAGCUGGCAGAGGAGAUGCUCGGCCUGGCCCGGAGCCUCAAGACCAACACACUGGCUGCCCAGAGUGUCAUCAAGAAGGACAACCAGACCCUGUCACACUCACUCAAGAUGGCCGACCAGAACCUGGAAAAGCUGAAGACAGAAUCCGAGCGGCUAGAGCAGCACACGCAGAAGUCCGUCAACUGGCUGCUCUGGGCCAUGCUUAUCGUCGUCUGCUUCAUCUUCAUCAGCAUGAUCCUCUUCAUCCGUAUCAUGCCCAAACUCAAAUAAAGACUUGGCCUGG